AUGCUCUCAAACUUCAACGGCCUCCCCACACACUCAACACCAACCUCAUCAGGUAUCUUCACAUGCAUCUCAUGCCGGAUAAAGUUCCAUUCUGCGGAAUUGCAGCGAAUGCACAUGAAAACAGAGUGGCACAGGUACAAUUUGAAGCGGCGGGUGGCCGAAUUGCCGCCCGUUAGCUCUGAAAUGUUUGAGAUCAAAGUUUUGCAGCAAAAAGCAAAGCAAGUACAAUUGGACGAGUUUGGGUUUAGAAAGCUGCAACCAAGGGCACGGAAGCCGGCUAGAAGGAGUCACCGUGUGCGACCGGCCCGUAUUACGGUUUCCCAGCGGUACACAAGUCCGACAAUGUCGGUUUCAUCCGAAACUUCAACUUUUACUCUAGGAUCUACGGAGUCUGAAGAGAUGAGCUCGUCUGUAUACGAUAUAGACUCCGCUUUGUCGGAGGAUCAGACGUCUGGUACAGAACGCUACUUUUCCAGCGGUGCGGAGGAGUCGGAUGAAGAAAAUGUUGCCGAAACGGAAGGCGAGUCGGACGAAAACGGGACUGAUAGAGAGGAAAUACAACCACACAGCAUACCGGUGACAGUAUGCUUUUAUUGUGGUAGAGAAAGCGGUGGAGUGGAGGAUAACAUUCGGCACAUGUUCAAAAAUCAUGGAUUGUACAUUCCGGAGCGGUCUUACUUGGUGGAUGUUGAUGGUCUUUUGCGAUAUCUCUCGGAUAUGGUGGUAGUUCGUCUUGAAUGUAUAAAAUGCGGAUUUGUUGGCAAAACACUGCAGAGCAUUCGGCAGCAUGUUGCCAAAAAGGGACACUGCGUUGUUCCAUACGAGACAUCGGAAGAUCGGAGUGCAGUGAGACGGUUUUACAACUUUGAUUCGACCCUUGAGACUCAUUCGGCAGAUUCAAAUGCCAAAAGUGUGGAAUUUGGCGGGGAACAGGUUAUAAACGAACCAGGAAGCGACAGUAAUAGUGCUACGGAUGCAACAGAGUACACUAUAGCUGAAAUUGACAGCACUGGUGCAGAGAUGCGGCUUCCAAAUGGCGUUUGUUUGGGAAAUAGGAGAUAUGCGAGAUACUACAGGCAGAACAUUAUAAGACCGGAGGAUAUAGAAGUUCCGGAAAGCGAAAGAACAGUGGCUACUGUUUAUGCUAAGGCGGACGAGAUAAACCAGAUAGGGCAAAGAUUGAAGAGGCAGGAGCUUAAGGAGAUCGGACUAAUAGAAGCCAGGAAGAACUCAAAAGCGCUUUCAUUGAAAUUGAAGAAGGGUAACAGCUUCAAGUAUGCGAGAAAGGAGAUAAUAUGA